AUGGUGAAUCUAAAAGGACACGAUCAUUCUCUAGGAAACAUUGUAAAUUUUCAUGGUUUGAAAUGCGAUGCUUGCGAUCGAUCGUUUGAUCGCGAUGGCUACCGAUGCCUUACAUGCGAUUUUCUUGUUCACAAGAAAUGUGUUUUUUUGUUCAAUACACAAGAUACAAUAUUAUCCGAGCACCCUUCCCACGUUGGACAUGGUCUUCAGCUUCUCACAACAGGGGCUCCUGCUCACACCGACCCGAAAUGCCACAUAUGCGGUAAAAACACUAAGCGACUUCUUUACCAUUGUUCCCCUUGUAAUCUCAAUUUGGACAUCGAUUGCAUGGUUGAUGCCAUGAGUUCCCGAGCCAAGCUGAAUAUGCCGUGGCACUAUCAUCCUCUACUCAUGCUUGAUGUUGGUGAUCAUCUGCUAUGUGUGCUUUGUGGUCUGCCCGGCGGAUAUGGCUACUGUUGCCCUCGUUGCAGAUUGAUGGUUCACGAGAAAUGCGCCUCCGUAUUUGACUCACCAGAGAUCACUCAUCAUUUUCAUGCCAGACACUCUCUUAAGCUUCUCACCCAAGGAGCUCCCGAUCACACAAAUCCAUUUUGUCAUGUGUGUGGAAAACAUCCUGGAAAUUUUCUUUAUCAUUGUGAUACUUGCAAGUUCAACUUGGAUAUGGUUUGUGCGAUCGAAGACCACCAUUUGCAUAAACUCACACCAGUUGCUCUUUCAAAUCUGAAGGUCCAUGAGCAUACACUCACACUCAUCCCCAAAUUGAUCUCCUUCGUUUGUGAUGCUUGUGGGACGGAAGGCGACCGUUCUCCUUAUGUUUGUCUUCAAUGCGGUCUAAUGUUCUUCCAUCAAAAAUGUGCUCGUUUGCCACGUGUCAUUCACGUCAAUCGCCAUGAUCACCGCGUUUCUUACACGCAUCCUCUGGGUCGUGGAGAAUGGAGUUGUGGGGUUUGUUUGGAUGAGAUUGAUUGGUCAUACGGAGCUUAUUCCUGCUCUGAUUGUCCUGAUUACGCUAUUCAUUCACUAUGCGCAACAAAAAAUACCGUAUGGGAUGGGAUAGAGCUUGAUGGAGUACCUGAAGAAGUCGAAGAUACUGAGCCAUUCAAGAUAAAUGAUGACAAGACAAUCACUCAUAUCGCUCAUGAACAUAACAUGAGCCUCGUCAGCAAAGAUGGUGUUGCUUUGGAAGAAAGCAUCUUAAUGUGUGGAGCAUGUGUUGGUCCCAUCGGUUCUUAUAAGACAUUCUACAACUGUUCUUCGGAUUGCGGUUUCAUCCUCCAUGAAACGUGUGCUAAUCUACCUAAGAAGAAACGACAUUUUCUAAGCCCAAGACCUCUCACUCUUUGCUACAAUAGAAAUGCUACCCACGCAACAUGCAGUGCUUGUCUUCAAAUGUGCUGCAAUGGAUUCAUGUAUACUGAUGGAGGUCGGAAAUUUGACAUACUAUGCAGUUCGAUUACUGUGCCUUUUAUCCAUGCAAGUCAUCCUCAUCCGUUACUCUACUACGGUAAAAGUUCUCAUCGUGAAUUUAAGACAUGCCAGGGUUGCCGCAUUGGUGGAAACAUUCUCCUUGGCUGUAUCAAAUGCAAUUAUUUUUUGGAUUUUAGCUGUGCCACUCUACCAUCAACGGUCAUUCCUGAGAGGUAUGGUGAUCAUCCACUUACUCUUUGCUACGGCGAGAAGGCAAGCGGCAAGUAUUGGUGUGAUAUUUGCGAAACAGAAACAAAUCCAAAGACUUGGUUCUACACCUCUGACUACGGAGCUACUUUGCAUGUCUAUUGUGUACUUGGGAAUGUCAGGUAUCCGAAACCUGGAGGAAAGAUAAAAGACGGCGUUGUGAUGGCGAUUAACAAUACAUCUUCACGACCACUUUGCAACAACUGCCAUUGCCGUUGCGCAGCUCCCUUCUUUCUUAUCAAGGGGAACGAAUUAUUUUGUUCUUAUUAUUGUUUUCAACGUAUCCAAAUGAGGGCGUCCUGGAUCAGUAGGAAUGUUAUACGUCCUCCAUGGGUAUAUGAAUCUUGA